CAAAAAAAAGAGUCCUUCCUUUAUGUUCGGACAGUCUCAAUAUUCAACUCAUCUCUCUCUCUCUGCAGUUCAUUUCUUCUUCUGUCCGGUUGCUUCUUCUCGGAGAAUAAGAGGCAAGAGAAAACAACCACUCGAUUUCCUUAGACUUACCUGCAAAUGGCCGGGUACGUUGGGAUCCUGGUGUCAGAUCCAUGGCUUCAGAACCAGUUCACUCAGGUGGAGCUUCGCAGCUUGAAGUCCUAUUUCCUCUCAAUGAAGAGGGAGCUCGGGCGAGUGACAAUCGGGCACUUGCCUUCCAGGAUGUCGAAGCUGAAAACCGUUGGAGAGUCUUUGACUGAGGAAGAGAGGGCUGCGUGUUUGCUUGAAUCGUAUCGGGACAUGGACGAGGAGGCAGAGGAUUUUUAAGUCUUCCUUCGGGUCUAUUUGAAACUGCAAUCGCAUGUUAAUGCUAGAAUUGGUAGUGGAGCGAAGAAUUCGACUGCAUUUCUGAAGGCUGCUACGAYGACAUUGCUUCACACCAUCAGUGAAUCUGAGAAAACGUCCUAUGUUGCUCAUAUAAACAACUACCUAGCAGAAGAUCAGUUCUUGAGGAGAUACCUUCCUAUAGAUCCUUCCACUAAUGAUCUCUUUGAGAUUGUAAAAGAUGGCGUUCUUCUAUGUAAACUUAUCAAUGUGGCGGUCCCUGGGACUAUUGAUGAACGAGCAAUCAAUACAAAGAGGGUUCUUAAUCCUUGGGAAAGGAACGAAAAUCAUACACUAUGCCUCAAUUCUGCUAAGGCUAUUGGGUGUACGGUAGUCAAUAUUGGCACGCAAGACUUCAUUGAAGGAAGGCGUCAUCUAGUGCUUGGGUUGAUAUCUCAAAUCAUUAAGAUACAAUUAUUGGCGGACCUCAAUUUGAAGAAAACACCUCAGUUGGUGGAGUUAGUUGAUGAUAGUAAGGAUGUGGAGGAGCUGAUGAAUCUACCACCUGAGAAGAUCUUACUGAGAUGGAUGAACUUUCAACUGAAGAAAGCUGGCUACAAGAGAAUAGUUACAAACUUCUCAUCUGAUGUGAAGGAUGGAGAGGCUUAUGCUCAUUUGCUAAAUGUUCUUGCACCAGAGCAUAGUAACCCAUCUACACUGUCUGUAAAGGACCCUCUACAAAGAGCAGGGUUAAUCCUUGAACAUGCAGAUAGGAUGGGCUGCAAAAGAUACUUGACCCCAAAAGAUAUAGUGGAUGGUUCUCCAAACCUUAACCUAGCUUUCGUUGCACAUAUUUUCCAGCACAGGAAUGGGCUCUCUUCCCAGACAAAACAAAUAUCCUUUCUUGAAAUUUCCCCAGAUGAUACACAAGUCUCCAGAGAAGAGAAAGCAUUUCGCCUUUGGAUAAAUAGUCUUGGAAACUCUGUAUACAUUGACAACGUCUUUGAAGAUGUUAGAAAUGGAUGGGUACUUUUGGAGGCCCUUGACAAAGUAUCACCUGGUAUAGUUAACUGGAAAAUCGCAACCAAGCCUCCAAUUAAGAUGCCAUUCAGAAAAGUUGAAAACUGUAACCAAGUUGUGAAGAUUGGGAAACAACUGAAGUUUUCCCUGGUUAACAUUGCUGGAAAUGAUAUUGUACAAGGAAAUAAGAAACUUAUACUUGCUUAUUUGUGGCAAUUGAUGCGGUUCAAUAUCCUCCAACUUCUGAAGAACUUGAGGUUUCAUUCCCAUGGGAAAGAGAUUACUGAUGCUGAUAUUCUAGAAUGGGCUAACAACAAAGUUAAGGAUGCAGGAAGACAGAGCCGUAUGGAUACUUUUAAGGAUAAGAGGCUAUCUGAUGGGAUCUUUUUCCUUGAGCUUCUUAGUGCUGUGGAACCGAGAGUUGUGAAUUGGAGUCUUGUUACAAAGGGGGAAAUUGAUGAGGAGAAAAAAAUGAAUGCGACCUACAUUAUCAGUAUUGCAAGAAAGCUUGGAUGCUCCAUAUUUUUGCUCCCAGAAGACAUAACAGAGGUGAACCCAAAGAUGAUCCUCACUUUGACAGCAAGCAUCAUGUAUUGGUUCUUGAGACAACCAAUUGWAGAGAGGCCUUCUGGUGCUUCAGAUAAUGAAAACGGAAAUUCAUUGGAGACCAUCUCAAAUUCAACAGUGGACGACACUGCUUCUGAGGCAUCCUCAACAGAAGAUAAUUGUAAUAGAUAAUCAGGUGAUUUGGAUUGAAAAUAGAUCAUUGAAGCUUUAUUCUUUGCUUCUCUUGUGGAAUAUUCGUCCUGCUUUUAAGCCGUCCUUGUGUUGGUGCGGGAGUUGGUUAUAGAUCAGGUAUCAUUCUUAAGUAUCCAAGCUAUCAUUCAAUUGUAAGUUGGAAUUACCCACAUUAAUUUCUCUUUUUCUUGUAUUCGGUUGGUAAAAAUAUCGACAGGAUUCACUGUGUAGCCAAGACAAUUGUCCAUGUAAAUAUUAACACCGUUUUGUUUGUUGAA